ACUAAUGACGUCAUCCCGAGAGACGUAUGACGUUGAUCGAGGCGCAAUGUAUUAUAUGACGUCAACACAAACCGUUCGACUUGGGCCAGAGCAUGGAUCCUCGCGCGGGGAUGGAACUGGAAGAGAAUGCUGCAUCUUUAAAUGUGGCCUGCUCGCUGCUGGAUAAGAUGUUGACGAUUAUUAAGUCCAAUAAAUCGGAUGUUGUCUCUGAUCAAGAAUUAUCAUAUGAAAGGUCAUCGCAGAGAGGGUUUGACUUUUACGAGAAAUCGAACUUUGGACGUGGACCUGACAACCUAGACUACAAUGAAAUGGGAUCGCGUGACUGGCACGGCCGAGAAAUGGGUCGCCCUGACCGGAGGAGAUACGAUUCAUCCUCGGGCCAGCAUCACCAUCCACGCGGACUGAGGCGUGACUACGGUGGCAACUAUGAUGCACCAAUGCAAGAAUUCAAGCGCGAGCAUGGACAAUCCCACGUGGCGGAAGAUGUUGGAUGGUCCUCUGAUGCGCAGGGCUAUAGAGGAACAGCCUUUAGGCAGGAUAAUUGGCGACGUGCCGGUGGGCCCUACUCUGCAGGUCCAGGCUAUGCACCUGGCUUGGACAAGAGGCAACGUUUUGGAGGUCCGGAUUACACCUCAAGAUUGGAAGGUCCCCAAGGCAGACCUCGUGUUGGUGAUUUCCCUGAAUACAGCAGAGGCGCGCGAGCAAAGAGAUCUUUCGAGGGUCUCAGUACGAGUCUGCAGUGGAAACUUGCACCAGAAGGAGAGACUGGCGCGAAGAAAUUCAAAUCAAGCACGCUCAUUAACCAAGGGUGUACAGAUAUUUUCAGAGGAGCACAUAAAACAUGGAUAUACCUCUGCUGUCUCUGCAGAUAUCGUACCAUUCAUCACUCAGAUAUUCAAGCGCACAUGGCCAGCAAGAUGCACAAUGUAUCUCGGAUGUAUAUCACUGACAAGGUUAAAGACGGUGCAUUGAUCUCCAAGUUCAUUGAUGCGUACAUUGGGUGGAAGAUCAACCUUGUGAAACAGAAAUUUGACAAAAUGACGAUUCCUACAGACGGUGGUGCUGCUUACGUUGAAAGAUCCUGUGGCAGAGGGCCCAUAUGCAAGUCGGAUUUGGACGAGGUGAUGGAGAUAACUCGCUCCACCUGGUGCCGGGCUUGUUGCGAGCACAUGACGGAGACCCCUGCGGUGGUACGGGCUCACUUGACCUCGCCCGAACACAUCAGGAAUAGAACGGAGUACAGGAAUAAACGAGAGUUUUACGUGCUGGAAGUUGUAAACAACAUCCUGAAAGAGUCACACUAUUCCGCUUUGCUUGACAAGUUUAAAAUGAAUCCAGACGCGGGUCAAGAAGUCUUCAAAACGUUCCAUGCGGAGUCAAAGGGACAAGGUCCAAAAGACAAAGCAAGACCGGAAGGCACGGAGGAGGCGUUGGGGAACAGUGAUUCUGCAGCGGAGGAAUCGGUCGAAGCGACGGACGACGACAAAGUGGUUCCUCAAAAAGUUGACCAUAACGAUCCAGCUAAAUCCUGCAGCGUUGACGACGCAACCGAAGAAGGCGCCGUUGAUUUAACGGAGAAGGGAAAGGGCCAGGGAGCAGGUGGUACUAGCGUUGAGAAUUUUGAGAGUGAAGCAAAAGGGGUGAAGAAAUACGUGGAAGUAAGUGAUUCAGAGUCCACGAUUGAUUUUGAACAUGGGGUCGUUGUACACCAUGAUGAAAACGAGACGGCCAGUGAUCCACAGAGUGAUCGAGAGGAAUGUGAGGAGCUGGAUAAUUAUGAUGAUGAUGAUUGUGAUUAUGAAGCUGGGGAAGUUGUGCAGAUCGAUGAUGACGUAGAGUAGAGAGUAAAUACGCUUCAUCUCUUGGUGCGUUUAUCCUAAAUAUCUAGUGCUAACAGAAAUGGAACAAUUUGGAAUCAAUCUUGAUUUGAAGCUUUCGUGACUGCAGGAAUCCAUACUCUUUGGUUCUUUCGGUAAAGUCACGUAGGUAGAAGAAUAAUAAAAUAAAACAAGCAAAAGUAUAUCACACCGUAUCGAUCGCAAUACAAGCGGUCGUCCUCAGGCGAAAAAAAUAAUCCAGCAGUGGAACUUCAUAGCUUAUUGCAUUGCUCCAGUUUUUUUUUAUACAUUUUGAUCAUGUUUGGAUUAUAAACCCCAAAACCACGAAUCCCUGAAUUCUAACUACAUUUUUUCUUGAGCCGAGUUACUUUUCAGCCCCAAAAUGUUAUACUCUCCAGCGACGUUUUAUCACGUGAGAAAUAACAAUUCCCAAUGUAAAAUAAGUAACAAAACAUCAAAUGUAAUACUUAACAUACGUGGAGAACCGCAGUGCUUACAAGGUGCUUCUCAGCGUCUCCAAUGGAUUAGUGCCCCCCACGCACCGUUCCUACACCCGUGACAGUGCCGGCACCACACAGCACAGCUGGUAAACAAACAACUGCAGGCCGCGGUGCGCCCCCUGCCGCCACAGAACACAUCUGAUCGCUCUUUACUCAUUACGCGAACAUUCGCUCGUUUUGGCGAAUUCUCGUAGAAAGAAGCAAGACGUGCCGUAGUGAUAUUUAAGCAAGCUUCAACAUCAUAGCACAAAUUAUCAGUAAUUGUAUUAUUCCCUUACACCUCUGCGCAUUGUUAAUGUCGUUGCAUACCAUUAUUACAGCGCGUGAUUCGUCAUGUUGCCUCCGCUGUAUGUCUGUUUAUGCCCUUUGCCACAUGGUUGUUUUUUUUUGCAUUAUUAACUUUGCUCGUUCAACUUUAGUUUUCCAAUAAGGCGAUUUACCUGUUGUUAUCCAUGAAGGGCUUGGGCUGAAAAAAAAGAUCAUGAUUGUAGCCUGAAAUUUCGAUUUAAAGCUUUCGUGACUGCAGGGAUUAAUCUUCUUGGUUCUUUCGGUAAAGUCACGUAGAAUGGAAAUAAAAUAAUAAAAAUAAAACAUAAUAAAAUAAAAGUCUCACGCCGUGAGAAUUUUUCGAACCAAGAAGAUGUAGCCUGAAAAUUAAUACAAAAUAAUAAUUCCGAAUUUUUAAUGGCGUCCUUCAUGCAGAACAGCAUCUCCAGGUUUUUAUAUAUUGCCGUUAUACCCUCUUAAAGUAGGUCCGGUAGUUUCAAAAUGUAAGCUUUGGGAUAAGGCUUGGAAUAAAAGCUGUGUUUUUAAUGAAUUCUAUAAUCUUGGAAAACAAUUAAAUCAAUACAAAUUUUAAAAACUA